AGAGCAGGUAAACGUUAUAGUGAUAAACUCCAGUUGUGGUUAAACUUUGGCAGUUUAGGGAAUACAAAUUGAUGGGAUUGCUGGAACUCGUUAUUACAGUUGUUGAUAUGUGGCUUAUAUUUUUUAUGCCCUGACAUAAUCCAUCAGUUUUGAUGGGUAGGAGGAGAGGGCCUCAUGAAUAUGACCUUAUCGUCUCAUUCUCACAUGCCCCUUUCAGCCAAGUACCUUCAGUGUUUCAAACACAACAGUGUGAGUGUCCUAAUAUUUUUCCGGCAUAUCCCUCUUUAUUCACCAAAGCAGCAAGAUAAAAACUCCUGAAACAUGGAUAUAGAUUUUUUUUUUAAACAUGUCAGUUGCUAAUAUGUGGAAUUUUGGCUCCUGAUGGAAAGUAAAGUAAUAAACAGCACUUCAGUACUCUUAUAGUUUAAUAUUUUUCUCCAUUAAAUUAUUUUAAUUUCAAAUUUUAUUACAAACUUGGCAUUGACUUCGUCAUAAAAAUCUGCUAGCCUAUAUGGAAGUGUUGAAGAUUAGACAAUUUUUUUGUGUACCUUUAUGAUAGUCAACAUAGGUGAAAUGAGAGUUGUGAAGUCAUUGCAGGGUAUGUAAUUACAUUGCUGAUAUUAAGUUCAGACAGUAUUGUAGACUCUGCCAAAACCUACUUGCAGUCUCAAUGUCACAAAACUUUGAUGGCUCUUUUGUAACGGAUGUUUAUGGUGUUGUUGUUGUUGUGGUCUUCAGUAUGGAGACUAGUUUGAUGCAGCUCUCGAAGCUGCUGUACCCUGUGCAAGCCUGUUAAUCUCUGACUAACUGCUAUCUGCAUCAUUUUGAACCUGCUCAAUAUAUUCAUCUCUUGGUUGCCCUCUAUGACUUUUACCCACCACUCUUCCCUCCAGUGCUGACUUUGUGAUUUGUUUGUCUCAGAAUGUGUCCUAUCAACCGAUUCCUUUUUCUUGUCAGUUUCUGCCACAAAUUUCUUUUCUCCUGAAUUCUAUUAAUUGGUCACUUAUUCUGACCAUCUAAUGUUGAGCAUUCUUAUGUAGCACCACAUUUCAAAAGCCUCUAGGCCUACUCCCUUUUUGUGUAACUUUUUACUGUAUAUAUUUCGCUUCCAUUCAUGGCAACACUCCAUGCUUAGGAAAGGACUUCCUAUCACUUAAAUCUAUAUUCGAUGUUAACAAAGUUCUCUCGUCCAGCAAUGAUCAUCUUGUGGUAGCCAGUCUCCUUCUUAUAUUUGCUCCUUAUUGAUCAUCAUCAGUUCUAUUGCUGUGCAGACAGCAAAACUUGUGUGCUACUUAGUGUCUCAUUUCUAAUUCUCUGAGCAUCACCUGAUUUAAUUCGACUACAUUCCAUUAUCCUUGUUUUGCUUUUCUUGGUGUUCAUCUUAUAUCUUCCUUCCAAGGCACUGUCUAUUCUGUCAGCUGCUCUUCCAGAUCCUAUGCUGUAUUUGACAUAAUUACAAUGUCAUCAGCAAAUCGCAAAGUUUUUAUUUCCUCUCACUGAACUUUAAUCCCUUCUCCAAAUUUUUCUUUAGUUUCCUUUACUGAUUGUACAAGUUACAGACUGAACAACAUUGGGGAUAGCUUACAAACCUGUCUCACUCCCUUCUUAACCAUUGCUUUCAUUUUAUGCCCCUCAACUCUUGUAACUGCCAUCUGGCUUUUGUACAAGGUGCAACUAACUUUGUGCUACCUGUAUUUUACCCCUAUUACCUCCAAAAUCCUCCCCCCAUGAACCAUGGACCUUGCCGUGUGUGGGGAGGCUUGUGUGCCUCAUCGAUACAGAUAGCCGUACCGUAGGUGCAACCACAACGGAGGGGUAUCUGUUGAGAGGCCAGACAAACGUGUGGUUCCUGAAGAGGGGCAGCAGCCUUUUCAGUAGUUGCAGGGGCAACAGUCUGGAUGAUUGACUGAUCUGGCCUUGUAACAAUAACCAUGAUGAGAUAAAAGAAAUUAUUCAGGUAGUGAAGGGAGACGAAAAUUUAAUAGUCAUGGGUGACUGGAAUUCAACAGUAGGAAAAGGGAGAGAAGGAAACAUAGUAGGUGAAUAUGGAUUGGGGCUAAGAAAUGAAAGAGGAAGCCGUCUGUUAGAAUUCUGCACAGAGCACAACUUACUCAGAGCUAACACUUGGUUCAAGAAUCAUAAAAGAAGGUUGUAUACAUGGAAAAAUCCCGGAGAUACUAAAAGGUAUCAGAUAGAUUAUAUAAUGGUAAGACAGAGAUUUAGGAACCAGGUUUUAAAUUGUAGGACAUUUCCAGGGGCAGAUGUGGACUCUGACCACAAUCUAUUGGUUAUGAACUGUAGAUUAAAACUGAAGAAAUUGCAAAAAUGUGGGAAAUUAAGGAGAUGGGACCUGGAUAAACUGACUAAACCAGAGGUUGUACAGAGUUUCAGAGAGAGCAUAAGGGAACAAUUGACAGGAAUGGGGGAAAGAAAUACAGUAGAAGAAGAAUGGGUAGCUCUGAGGGAUGAAGUAGUGAAGGCAGCAGAGGAUAAAGUAGGUAAAAAGACGAGGACUACGAGAAAUCCUUGGGGAACACAAGAAAUAUUGAAUUUAAUUGAUGAAAGGAGAAAAUAUAAAAAUGCAGUAAAUGAAGCAGGCAAAAAAGAAAACAAACAUCUCAAAAAUGAGAUCGACAGGAGGUGCAAAAUGGCUAAGCAGGCAUGGCUAGAGGACAAAUGUAAGGAUGUGGAGGCUUAUCUCACAAGGGGUAAGAUAGAUACAGCCUACAGGAAAAUUAAAGAGACUUUUGAAGAAAAGAGAGCCACUUGUAUGAAUAUCAAGAGCUCAGAUGGAAACCCGGUUCUAAGCAAAGAGGGAAAAGCAGAAAGGUGGAAGGAGUAUAUAGAGGGUCUAUACAAGGGUGAUGUACUUGAGGACAAUAUUAUGGAAAUGGAAGAGGAUGUAGAUGAAGAUGAAAUGGGAGAUUCGAUACUGCGUGAAGAGUUUGACAGAGCACUGAAAGACCAGAGUCGAAACAAGGCUCCGGGAGUAGACAACAUUCCAUUAGAACUACUGACGGCCUUGGGAGAGCCAGUCCUGACAAAACUCUUCCAUCUGGUGAGCGAGAUGUACGAGACAGGUGAAAUACCCUCAGACUUCAAGAAGAAUAUAAUAAUUCCAAUCCCAAAGAAAGCCGGUGUUGACAGAUGUGAAAAUUACCAAACUAUCAGUUUACUAAGUCACAGCUGCGAAUUCCUUACUGACGAAUGGAAAAACUGAUAGAAGCCGACCUCGGGGAAGAUCAGUUUGGAUUCCGCAGAAAUGUUGGAACACGUGAGGCAAUACUGACCCUACGAAUCUUAGAAGAAAGAGUUAGGAAAGGCAAACCUACGUUUCUAGCAUUUGUAGACUUAGAGAAAGCUUUUGACAAUGUUGACUGGAAUACUCUCUUUCAAAUUCUAAAGGUGACAGGGGUAAAAUACAG